CGCCACGGGUUCGGGGAGCCAGCGCCGACCUGCCGAGCCGCUCCAUCCAACUGGCGCGGUCGACUAGGGUAGCUUCAAGCUGAAACUCCCUGACCGGCUCCAACAACCCACAAAGCCUCCCCAGUCUCGGGCACUUGAUCCUUCUGUCAGUCAGAAAGUCGCCCCCUGGGGGCAGUUCGUCCCGAAGGGUUUCCUCGAAAGUAUCUGAGAGGGUGCAGUCCUUGACCGAGGGAAUCUGUUUAGUCCCGGAAGCCACUAGCUGAAAAAGAUGCCUGCCUUCAACAGAUUGUUUUCCCUGGCUUCCCUGGUGCUCAUCUACUGGGUCAGUGUCUGCUUCCCUGUGUGUGUGGAGGUGCCCUCAGAGACGGAGGCUGUUCAGGGCAACCCCAUGAAGCUUCGCUGCAUCUCCUGCAUGAAGAGGGAGGAGGUGGAGGCCACCACGGUGGUAGAAUGGUUCUACAGGCCAGAGGGCGGUAAAGAUUUCCUUAUCUAUGAGUAUCGAAAUGGCCACCAGGAGGUGGAGAGCCCCUUCCAGGGGCGCCUGCAGUGGAACGGGAGCAAGGACCUGCAGGACGUAUCCAUCACUGUGCUCAAUGUCACCCUGAAUGACUCCGGCCUCUACACCUGCAAUGUGUCCCGGGAGUUUGAGUUUGAGGCACAUCGUCCCUUUGUGAAGACUACACGGCUUAUCCCCCUCCGAGUCACUGAGGAGGCUGGAGAGGACUUCACCUCUGUGGUCUCAGAAAUCAUGAUGUACAUCCUCCUGGUCUUCCUCACCUUGUGGCUGCUCAUCGAGAUGGUAUAUUGCUACAGGAAGGUCUCAAAGGCUGAAGAGGCAGCCCAAGAAAACGUGUCUGACUACCUUGCCAUCCCAUCAGAGAACAAAGAGAACUCUGCAGUGCCAGUGGAGGAAUAGAAGAGACAGGAUGUGGCUUGAGGUGCCUGAACACUGAGGGACUGGAUAGCACAAGUUCAGUGAUGUCAACAGCAUCAGGAGAGUGCCAUAGGGGCCACAUCGCUUCUCUUCAUGUAUCCUCCUUCUAUCCAUGUGUCUAUCCAUCCACUGAUCACUGAACUUUUACCUCUGACUUAUUAACUCCAUCAGUCAUCUGCACACUGUAAGACUUUGCCAGAACUAAGGAGCCAACAUUUCCACAUGGGCUCAGUCUCACCCUGUCCCAACUUUCAAGAAAGCAGUUUCCAUGACACCUGGACUUCUCUGUGUUCCAAAUGACUUUGUACAAGUCCUGGAGGUAGCACCUCUCUCUGUUCUUACCUGGCGGGGACUGGCUCAUUCUCAUUGCUGUGAGAGAAUGGAAGUCUCAGUGGAAGGAAGCAGGAGGGAUUAGUUCAGAUCAAGACAAAAGUCACUAACUGGAAUUCCUUGAAGUCAUUUUUUUCCCAAGUUCUUGGCCCAUUUGGCUAGGGCAUGAGAGCAAGGCAUGCGCCCCUGGUUCUCCUGUUCUAGAAAGAUAAUUAAGCGUGAUCUAAAAUGCUUUCUGUAGCCUGGUACCCUAGGGUUGGAUGCAAAGGACAGGGGAUUUGGGAAGGACUGACAGCAAUUUCAGUAGCUCUUAAAGUCAUACAACACUUUCCUGAUCCUAUUGGGAUACUAUGUGUUCUUCCCAGGCGCACACUACCAUAAGAUAGCUGGGAGGCAUUUUUUCCUGUGGGCGCUGUGACUGAACUUCCUAAGUUCUUCCUUCAAACUUUCUGUGGAUCAGUAUUAUUCCUCAUUUUACAGGAGGCAACUGAGACACAGACAAGAUUCAAGUGAGUGAGUGACUUCAGAGGAUGAAUUGGAGCAGAUGAGAUAGUUUUGUUUUUGCAAAAGUUUGGAACUGAGAUUGACUAUGGCCAUGCUCUUUCACAAGCAGACUGGGGUGAAUUGCCCAGCUGAGGCUAAUUCUUGGGACAGGCUCAGGUAGCUGGCCAAAAAAACUACAGAGAAGGAUAUGAGGUAGACCUUCCUUUGUGUAACGAUCUGUGAAUCUGGAAAUUCUCCAGAUAUCAUCUGAGAAUUAUUUAUAAGCUAAGAAAAAUGAUCUAGUCUGAGAUGGAUCAUGAACAAAUGAAUGAAGUCAGAGGGGAGGGAUGGUUAGGUGGCUUCCAGAUAUUUCACUUGUGAACCUAUACUGUCCAUUUUUUACCUGUAUUUUGGGAGAGCAGAGGAACAUUAGAAAAAAAAAUUAUUAUCUCAUGUUUUAUUUUAAUUGAUGGAGUGACUGGUCAAACUGUGAUGUCCUUCAGUACCUAGUGAUGAGAGAGGGGAAGGAUGUUUUAUGGGAUAUGAGAAGGUUGAAGUGACUUCUCACUGGUAUUUGGUGAGAGAGAUGUCCCUCAGAUCUGGAUCUGUGUGAUCUAUGGGGAAAGACCAUACUCCAUUGGCUUUGCCCCUUACUUAACAAGUUCAUUUUUAUCCCUCCCUUCCAUCCCUGAGGAAGUAUUUGAAACAAGUCCUUGAACACAUAUUCAAGAGUCCAGUUUUACUAAAGAAAAUACAUUCUUUCAAUAAACUCAAGGUUCUCUUCAUAGGUAAUAUACCACACAAUCCCUCUAAAAUAAGGGACAGUAUGUGAAUAAUUUUUCAGAUUUUAUGGAGAAAGAC